AUGGGCUCCGUAGGAGCGGCUUCAGCGGCCCAGACGGGCCGCGGGACCAGGAUUUCUGCCUCGGACGACGAGUAUCAAGUUGUUUUGCCUAGUCUGCCAACAGGGCGUUUUGUUUUGAAUACCGUUUUUUUACACUGUGAUAUCAGGGCCCGCCCAUACCGGGUGGAAGAUUUUCGCGACGCGCUCGCCCAGUUAUCGCUCCUGCCGGAAGUGGCUGCUCUCGGGGCCUACCGUAUGAGCCAUGUGUGGGCCGUGACCUUCAAGGACAGCGACGCGGUGAAAAAGAUCGUCAGCGUUGGAGAGCUGCAGGUCAAGAAGGGCCGGUGUCUCGUCAUCGACCCCGCCAACCAGGACGUACGCCUGAAAGUGCAUUGGCUGCUGCCCAGCGUUCCUGACGAGGACGUACGUUUUGCCUUCGCGCCGUUUGGAAAGGUCACCGACGUAGUCCGCGAGCGCUGGCGGGUUCACGGCGUGACUGAUAAGAACUCAACAACAAGGCUGGUUACGCUGAAGUUGAAGCCGGGCGUAAAGCUCGACGACCUUCCGCAUCAGGUGAGCGUUGCCGGGGAACUGGCUCUCGUGGUUGUGCCGGGCAGAGCUCCUCUCUGCCUACGCUGCCGCGGCACGGGCCACAUUCGUCGCGAGUGCCGCAUUCCACGGUGUCGUGCCUGCCGACGCUUCGGUCAUGAGGACAGCCAGUGCGAGCGCACGUACGCUAGCGUCACCGGACCCGUGGGCAAUGAGGACAACUCCGCCCUACUCAUGGACGAGGCGGACAUGGAGGACACGUCGACCGCGGCGGGUGAAGCAGCUGACGUCGUGGCAAAGCCGGCGGUGCGGCUUGAACAGGAGGAGAAACAAGUCGCUCAGGCUGUCUUCACAGGACACCAACAAGCGACUGCAGAGGGCACCGCGGCCAUGCCGAAUGCUGAAGAGAAAACCCCACCUGAUGCGGAGGUGACCUCCUCCCUCGUUGAACCUGAAGGCAUGGACACCCUCACAGGCCCAUCUACCCAACCGACGGGAAAACGGCCCCACAACCAGACCGUUAGCCGGACGGCGAAACAGGACGGCAGCGGCGGCGACGAGCCACCGCCCAAAGCGACAGGUAUAAGGAGGUCGACCUUGAAGCUUCGGCCGAACGUUACGGUCGAUCCACGGCAGGCGGGUAAACCGCCUCCGUAAUUCCGUGCUGUCUAGUUCGAGUGGGGUUGGGGGGUUGGUG